AUGAUUGGUAGAAGAUAUUUGCAUUUAUUAAGGGAAUUGAGACCUUCUGAUAUAUUUAAAGAAGAUUCUUUAUCACCAAGGAAAAUUGCAUUACAGAUUAUAUUACUACAAUUAUUUUAUUAUUUUACUGCUGCUGUCUUAUUUUAUGGUUGGGGUACUUUUUUUGGUUAUGAUAUAGAUAUUAAAAAAUGGUUAUUUUCAUGGGAAGCUGUAGAUUUUACAAAUUCUGUUGGUUUAUCAGUUUCAGUUUUAUGGCUAGUAGAUGCUCUAAUCUGUGUGAUAUUUUUAACUGUUAUAGUUGGACGUAGUAAACUAGCUUGGGAUUUUGCUAUAACAAUUCAUGCAAUUAAUUUAAUUAUUGUAUUCUUUUAUACUGGAAGUUUACCAUCUUUACAAUGGUUAUUAAUACAAGUACUAUCAAUGCUAAUAUUAGUAUUUUUAGGUACUUGGACUUCAAGAUGGAAGGAAUUAAGAGAUACUUUUUUUGAAGGUUUACUAGAUUCAACCGAUGGUUUACCAUCACUUUCAAAUAACAAUUCUGGAAGCGAGUCAAAUCCAAAUAAUUCCAUCCAAAUGAAAGAUUUAGAAAGUCAAAGAUAA